UCACACAUUUAAUUUCCUAUAAUCCAAAGGCAAUCUAAAUAAAUCUCAACCCGCUUUGCAGCCUCAUAGGUGGGAAGCGGCACUCAAAGCUGACAUUUAUUUGGCCACUUCAGCAAGUCCUGAAAAUUCUUAUUCCUAACCUUGAAUGGCUGAGGAAAGGCACUUCGAGAUUCUUGGCUGCCUUCUUUACACUGCUAAGCUGGUAGCCAAACUGGAAGGACUAGAAGAUGGCUUCAGGGUUGUGAUUAAUGAUGGCCCACAAGGAUGUCAAUCUGUUUAUCACAUCCACGUCCACCUCCUUGGUGGCCGCCAAAUGAACUGGCCUCCAGGCUAAGAUGGUGUAAAUGUUGAUUUGGGCAGGCAACACUUUCAUUGUAAUGAUAGUACAGUAGUAUUUGUUGUCUGCCCGGAUUGAUGAUUGUCUAAUCAUAAGCAAGCAAACUAGUUACUAGUUGCUUUCUAGUAAGAUGCUCUGGAUGUUCCAUGGCACUAGCUGCAGGGAUGGCCCCUAUGCUGGGUAAACCCAAUGACCCUCGUUAAGUAUGAAAAUAAUAUGGUGUGACUUAUCUAUGCCCUGUGUUCCUCAUUUUCUUCAAGUUUCCAAGUGAAGUGAUAUCAAU